AUGCCUGGCGCUUCCAGCUUGAGUCAAUUUCGCUGGUCUAUGAGGUCGGUGAAGGCAAUCAAGGCGCGAAAGACUUCUUUGAAGGGCACGCCGCUUGUUGGCGAUUUGCAGAAGCUGAGUGCUUUGCUCGCUCGCGGGGAUGAGGGCCUGAAGGAGGCGCUGCACGGCGCCUGCGCGGAGGGCCAGGAGCAGGCGGUACAGGCGCUGCUGAAGGCCAAGGCACAGGUGAGAACUCGAGGGACGGCAGCGGGCUCACACCGCUGCACGUGGCAGCCUUCCGUGGGGACCAGCAGGUGGUGCGGGUACUUUGCUCUGCCAAAGCUGAUGUCAAGGCGGUCGAUGAGGAGGGCUGGACGCCACUCUACGUGGUUGCAGCCUUCGGUGGCCAAGCAGAUGUGGCCCGGGUCUUGCUGA